CUGCGUAUAUAAGAGCGCUCCGCCCACCGCUGCGCUCAGUGCGGGGGGCGGGCGGGGCUUGGAGCGGAGCCCCUCGCGUUGCGUUUCAGCGCCGCGUCCGGAACGCGGCGCCUUUUUCAACCUCAAAAUUCUCCGAAAACCUUAAAAAACCAACCGACCAAACAAACAAAACCCUCCCGAAAAAUUACCGCCCUCAACCCGGCGCUGGGCCGUUCGCUUCGUGCUUUUGCUUCUUUUCUGUGCGCGCGGAGGCGGCGCUUCCCCUCAACGCUUCGGAGCGGAAGACAAAAAAUAACCAGCAUCGAAACCUUCAAACGACGGGAGAUGAGAAAAGCAGGAUUUCACCCCAAAAAAGGAAGUCGCGGAGCUCUUCAGGACCCGCCCGGCAGCCUCAGCUUUCCUGGCUUGGUGAGACUCUUGCCAGCAUCUCUUCCUGCUUGGAGCCAACCAGCAGAGACGUGGCCCAUUUUUCUCACAACUAUCCGUGUCGGGUUGAGGCCGGGUUCCUCGAUGCCGUAGAGGAGAUGGGGUUGGUCUUCUGGAGAAGGAUUUUCUGCCCCCUGUGAUGUCCUGCAAUGGAAAGAAUGGGGUUUUUUUUGGCCUUGGUUGUGUCGUCUUUGGGGCAAGAAGAUUUGCCCCCAGUCUGGGGUACCAGCAGUGACCCAAGGGGGUUUUUAUCUGCUUGAUGGAAACCUCAACGCUCCUCUGCAGCAGCAAUGAUGAACAGGACCGUGAGCACCUCUGUCACUGAGCAUCCAUGCUAACCCAGGUCCCAAACUUCAUCUCCAGGCUGGAACCUAUGGGAGAAGAAACCUCCGGCCCCUCAUGGGCCAGCAACAAGCUGCAGCUUGCAGGAGCUGAACCAAGAGAUGGGAAUUUCCUCCUCUUGCUCAGGGAUGAGGAGCUCUGAUGCCAUUUCCCACACCGAGGGCUCCGAGUCCCGCGUCUGAGCUCUUGGCUGAUGUCUGUCUUUGGGAAGAGAACGCUGGGCGUCACCGGGUGCCCCCCGUUUUUGCUGUCUUGGAUGUGCAGGUUGUCAUUUAUCAGGUUGGUGGCUGGCGGCAGCGAGCGGAGCACAGCAAUAUGUGACAAGGAAAAAGACCAGGAGCAGGACGUGGCUGAGUUCUCCUUUGCUGUCGCCAACCUGGAGGACAUGGGGACGUAUCGGUGUCGGUACCAGGUGUCAGAGCCACUGUGGACCUCCGAGCUGAGCGACCCCGUGGAGCUGAUGCUGGCAGGUGCUGAGGUGUCGUCCCGUGGGAACCUGGCGGCGUGGGGCUGCGCUGCCGCCCUCAUCUUCGGCCUCAGCCUCUGCUUCAUCCUGGAUGCCUGGACGUGGAGAGAUGAGAGCCCUGGUCUCACCCCUGAAACGCCCAAAUCAGUGCCAUUCCAGGUGCCCCCCAGGGACAGCGAGGAUCUGACUUACGUCGAGAUGCCGGCUGCCACCCCGUGCCCCCAGCCCCCCAGUUCCCCCCCUGCCCCCCAACCCCCCGUUAUCUACACGGCCGUGAGCUCUGAGUUGCCGUGCUGAUGGGCCUCCCCAGCUGCUUCGUUUGUUGGGGGUGCUGGCAGGGGACAAAUUCCCUGCUUGGGACCCCCUGAUGUCCUCUCCUUAUGCCCUAACGGCUGAUCUCCCCUCAUCUAACAACCCCACAUUCUCACUGCUGCAUCCCGAACGCUUCCCACUCACACCAGAUCCCCCAAAUGCUCAACUCUCACCCCAAAAUCCUUCCUUAUCCCCUCUUAUAUCUCAACACGCCCUCAGACGUCCAAAUCCUCUCCGCUUCGCUCCCAGACGCCGCCACCAUUCCUGAGACACCCUGAUCUGCCCCAAUCCACCCCUCUGAUGCAGAUCCCCCCAAAUGCCCCUUUCCUCCCCUUCCAUCUCCUACAGAUGCCCCACAGAUCCCCUGUAGACCCCCCCAAAACCCCCCGCCUCCCAUCCUGCCCUGCUUUUAUCACUGGUCUCUGGGUGUUGAGCAAUUCCUUUGUGCAUCGCUUGCUUUGCAGAAGUUCACACAUCCGUACGGUUAUCAGCGCUGCUGUUUCUCUCUUCCUUUUCGGUCUCAGUAAAGAGAUUUUAUCUCCA